AUGGCACUCUUCAGCAAGACGUGGCAGCGGUUACGCUCUGGCGGUGCCUCUGGGCAGCCCUCGGUUGCCACCACUGCCUCCAGUGCCUACGAGCUCCAAGAGAAGGACCUGGGCAGGCUGCAUCGUGCAGCUGCCCACGGCGACCUGGCCUGGCUGAGGCGGUGGCGCUGGUGGCUGAAGAGAGUUGGCAUUGACAAGCGAGACAAGGAGAAGCGGACACCCCUGCAUCUCGCUUGCGUGAACGGCCAUGCGGAUGUCGUCAGAUACCUAGUACAAAAGAACUGCCAGCUGAACUUUGCUGACAGUUUCAAGAGAUCGCCACUGAUGAAGGCAGUACAGUGCCAGCAAGAAGAAUGCGUGGCUAUACUGUUGGAGCAUGGUGCCGACCCGAAUCUGGCCGAUGCUGAUGGCAACACGGCCCUUCACCUGGCUGUCCUGUCUCGUAAUACAACUGUAGCAGGGCUGUUACUUGAGCAUAAUGCCAGUAUUGAUACUCAGAACCAGGAUGGAUAUACCCCUCUUAAUCUUGCUAUCUCCAGACAUGAGGAGGAGAUGGUAGAGUUUCUUCUGACAAAAGGAGCUGACAGGCAUGCUCAAGAUCAGCAUGAAAGUGAGCUACUGCUGGAAAAUGUGGAUGGUGAAAACACGAAAGAACCUUCUGCAGGUGGUGCAGAAGACAAGGCGGUUCUCAGCAGCUCCUGCGCUGUGAGGACUGCUGACAAGGCUGUACUUGCUCAGGACACAGGAGGUAGGAUCCUUAACUGUGAGAGAGUCGAUGAGGAAAAUCAGUGUGGCCUGUAG